AUGGAAUUUUUUGGAACCUUUGACACUCCUUUUUAUGUCACACUCGACGACGCUCAAAACAAUCAGGACAAUCCGAUCGGAUUUUGGAAGCUUGGUGAGCACUUGGACGUGGGCGUUUGGCUUUUUCGAAGAAGCUCAUUGGUCGAUUGGGGUUUACCGAUUUCGACGCGGUUCCCCGAACGGCCACGGGAGGAUCUGGAAGAUGGGCCGAUUUUGUGGGUUUCUUUGAAAACGACAUUUGUGGCAGCGAAUGAGACCACUGGUAUUGGCGUGUUUGAUGCUCCACUUUUUGCCGCCGAUCCUGCAGAGUUCGAGGACGUCACUACCGAGACGGUGGCUGGUUCUCUCUAUGGACAGUACUUUCCUGCAGGAGAUACCAGCAUCGGAAAUUGGGCCUUUCUCUUGGGAGAUGAUGUGGGUCAGGGCAAUGUUACCAACACUGUCACAUCGGAGGAUCCUUUUGUGAUCACUUGGGAACUGUGCCCUCUGGAAACGAAGAAUGAGAGGAUGAUUCCAGACUCCUUUUACCUGACGGAAGAAGAUGCCCUGGCAGCCGGUGCGGAUCCAUGUGCUGUUGACGUAGCGGGUGCCGUGCAGGGACAGUACUACGAACACGGCAACAAUGCAUGGGCUGGGGACUGGAGCUUUACCUGGUCGACAGGUGACAGUCUCAUUGGGUGCCUCGGAUGGGGUGAACUAUGGACUCCCAAUGUUGCCCUUGGAGGGACAGGAGUAUGGAGCGGCUUCAAGGGCACUAUCGACAAUGUGGUUGUGAGCGAGGACCCGUUUGUUAUUGAAUGCAAUAUCUGUCCAUUCGAAGCUGAACCUGACGAAUGUUGCUAG